UGCGCGUGAACGGAGUUACGUAUGUGCGCAUUCGCGGCAAACGUCAAGUCAUAGCGCGAGUGGCUCUGUGAUUCAAAGAGGUUAAGAGUCUACUUGGAAAGAAAUGGCAGCGAUAAAGGGUCUCGCAAGGAACAUCCCUUAUUUAAAACAACAAUUUGCGGCUCUUUUAGGAAAUACCAGUACCAGCGUAAAGUUUAUAUGCAUCGUAGUACUAUUCUCUUAUUGUCUUUCUUUCUCCCAAGAAGCGGUGCGCGCUCUCAGCGUGACACCAGGUUACUUAAUACCACCAGCAUUUUGGAUUUGGACGGCCUUCACUUUUUGUUUUCUUGAAAUACACUUUUGGGAAGUAUGUGCGGAUAUAGUGACUGUUGGUCUUUGUGGCAAAUUAAUAGAACCACUAUGGGGUGCCAUGGAGAUGAUGACCUUUUUUGCAGUUGUUAACUUUGGAGUAGCUGUACUCUCAGCAUUAUUUUAUUUAUUUCUUUAUAUGUGUACCAAUGAUACUGAUCUAUUAUUUGAUAUACAUAUUCAUGGUCUGGCAGGAUAUAUUGCAGGUGUCGCUGUUGCAGUUAAACAGAUUAUGCCAGAUCAUAUUUUAAUAAAAACACCGAUUGGAAAAAUCACUAAUAGGAACGUACCUUUAAUGGUUUGGAUAGUUGGACUUUUGCUUUGGUUAAUAGGAUUAUUGGAAGGUACCCAUCCGACUAUGUUUUUAAGUGGGUUACUAGUUUCUUGGACUUACCUUAGAUUUUAUCAGAGACAUAAUAAUGGAACUAGAGGUGAUAUGGCUGAUAAUUUUACAUUUGCGAGUUUUUUUCCAAAUGUAUUACAACCUCCAAUAGCAGUAGUAAGUAAUACUAUACAUGGAUUUUUUGUACGCAUUGGACUUUGUCGAAAAGUAGUUAGAAGAUUUGACAUGUCAAAUGCACCACCAGGUUUGGUAAUUAAUCUUCCUGGAAUUGAUCCACAUGAUAGUGAAAGACGCAGGCAAAUAGCACUUAAAGCACUGAACGAAAGAUUAAGCAAAGAUCAUACAAAAUCAUGGCAACAAGAUCGAACUAAAAAACAUUCUCCUAUACCACCUGCAAUCUCUAUACCAAUUCCAGAAUCUUCUACAACUAAACCACUCGCAUCUCCUCUUAUUCCACAAGUUAGCGUCAAUAUACACAAUCAUCCUUCUACAAAUACGUGAUUACUUGAUGCAGACUGAUUUCAAUAGGUUUAUGUGUAAAUACAUUAAGAAGCUUCUAAAGAAAAUGUUCCUAAAAUGGAUUUUAUAAUAUGGCAGUAUACAAUUAGUAAUGAAAUUCUAAUAUAUGUAUUUUUCGUUAAAAAUAUAUUUAUAUAUUUAUGUAUAUAAUGCAACUGUUUCUACAUUUGGUCAUACUAUGAAACAGAGUCAUUUAAAAAAAUGAAAAGUUCUACAUACAUAAUACAUACACACAUACGCACACAACAUACAUUAUAUAACA